UGCUACCAAUGGAAAAGGGCCCGUCCAUUCUCUAUCCCUUUCCCUUCGUUUUUACCUUUCUUUUCGCUCUCUCUCUCUCUCUCCUAUUUUCACUCCUCUCAUUUGCUGAUUUGCAUGGCCGCUAAUUCGAAGGGGCGAGCGAUCGCGGGAAGCUUCGGGAAGCGAUUCGUGAACCAGAUCUGGGCCUCUCGAAAUCCUUCUCCGAUUGCGGUUUUCGCUGCGUCGGAUUCAAGUAUUAUCUGCAGGAGAGGAGUGCACGCUUCAUCGUACGACAAGAACGCGGAGGAUCUGGUGCACCCGGUGGUGUUGCCGGACCAUGUGAUCGAAGCUGCUGUGUCGGACAAGUACUGGGGCCCGCACCCUACGACUGGCGUUUUUGGGCCCGCCGCCGCCGCCACCGCCACCGCCACCGCCGGACCAAAGGACGGGCUGGGCAACACAGCUGCUGUGGCGGCGGGGAAUGGUGGCGGGUCGACGGUGCUGGACCAGAAGGUGUGGUUCCGCCCCCUUGAGGACGUCGACAAGCCUCCCCACCACCCGGACCUCAACUAAACCCGUGGGGCACUAGGAUUCGUGCAGGCCCCACUGCCUGCACCAGUUCUUACUUAAUUAGGAGUGGCAAUAGUAAAGAAUAAGCAGCACUAGUUGCACUAGUAGAGUGCACGCAUAAUAUAUGGGAUGCACAGUAUCGUUCCGUGCGUGUACGUGUAUGUUGGUGAUGUACUACUACUACUGUGGCGAUCUCCGUGUACUGGAUACUUGGUGUGGUUAUAUACUACUGCUAUUACGGCUUGGAUUGGUGUCCU